CUCGCGGGCCCGAGGCCGCCGUUGUUCGCGCUCCCCGCAGCGCCCGAAGGCCGCGGCCCCGCCGGGACCCCCAUGUGAGCGGCGGGCGGCGCGGGGGGGCCGGCGCACCGCGACCCGCCGGGGCCACGGGGGAAGAUGACAUCGCGGAGAUGGUUUCAUCCAAAUAUCACUGGGGUGGAGGCAGAAAACCUGCUGUUAACGAGAGGAGUCGAUGGCAGCUUCCUGGCACGGCCCAGCAAAAGCAACCCAGGAGACUUCACACUCUCCGUUAGACGAACUGGAGCUGUCACCCACAUCAAAAUCCAGAACACAGGUGACUACUAUGACCUCUACGGGGGAGAGAAGUUUGCCACGCUGGCAGAGCUGGUGCAGUAUUACAUGGAACACCACGGGCAGCUCAAGGAAAAGAAUGGAGAUGUCAUAGAGCUGAAAUACCCCCUCAACUGUGCUGAUCCCACAUCAGAAAGGUGGUUUCACGGGCAUCUCUCUGGGAGAGAAGCCGAGAAACUCUUGACAGAGAAAGGYAAACACGGCAGUUUCCUGGUGCGGGAGAGCCAGAGCCACCCUGGGGACUUUGUCCUUUCCGUGAGGACGGGGGAUGACAAAGGAGAGAGCAACGAUGGCAAAUCCAAAGUGACACACGUCAUGAUCCACUGCCAGGAUCUCAAAUACGAUGUCGGUGGAGGGGAGAAGUUUGACUCGCUGACAGAUCUGGUGGAGCAUUACAARAAGAACCCCAUGGUGGAGACUUUGGGCACUGUGCUGCAGCUCAAACAGCCCCUGAACACCACGCGCAUCAACGCCGCCGAGAUCGAGAGCCGUGUCAGGGAGCUCAGCAAACUGGCAGAGACCACGGAUAAAGUCAAGCAGGGCUUCUGGGAAGAGUUUGAGACCUUGCAGCAGCAGGAAUGCAAACUCCUCUACAGCCGUAAGGAAGGGCAGCGCCAGGAAAACAAGAACAAAAAUAGAUAYAAAAACAUUUUACCCUUUGAUCACACCAGAGUUGUUCUCCACGAYGGUGAUCCCAAUGAACCCGUUUCAGACUACAUCAAUGCUAACAUUAUUAUGCCUGAGUUUGAAACCAAGUGCAACAACUCGAAGCCAAAAAAAAGCUACAUUGCUACUCAAGGCUGCCUGCAGAACACAGUGAAUGAUUUCUGGAGGAUGGUGUUCCAGGAGAAUUCCCGAGUUAUUGUCAUGACCACAAAAGAAGUGGAAAGAGGAAAGAGUAAGUGUGUCAAGUACUGGCCGGAUGAAUAUUCCCUGAAGGAAUACGGAGUGAUGCGCGUCCGGAAUGUGAAGGAGAGYGCAGCGCACGAUUACACCCUGAGAGAGCUGAAACUUUCCAAAGUUGGCCAGGGYAACACAGAGAGGACGGUGUGGCAGUACCAUUUCCGAACCUGGCCCGACCACGGCGUCCCCAGCGACCCCGGGGGUGUCCUGGAUUUCCUGGAGGAGGUGCACCACAAGCAGGAGAGCAUUCCUGAUGCAGGACCUGUCGUGGUCCACUGCAGUGCUGGAAUUGGGCGAACAGGAACUUUCAUUGUCAUUGAUAUCCUGAUUGACAUCAUCCGAGAAAAAGGAGUGGAUUGUGACAUCGAUGUCCCCAAGACCAUCCAGAUGGUGAGGUCCCAGCGCUCAGGRAUGGUGCAGACAGAGGCUCAGUACAGGUUCAUUUACAUGGCAGUGCAGCACUACAUCGAGACCCUCCAGCGCAGGAUCGAGGAGGAGCAGAAGAGCAAGAGGAAAGGUCACGAGUACACGAACAUUAAAUAUUCGCUAUCGGACCAGACAGGCGGGGAUCAGAGCCCGCUCCCCCCCUGCACCCCGACCCCAACGUGUCCAGAAAUGAGAGAAGAUAGUGCUAGAGUAUAUGAAAAUGUGGGGCUGAUGCAACAGCAGAAGAGUUUCAGAUGAGAAGAUGUUCAGAGCCUUCCAGAAAUGAAAAUGGUUCUUAAAAAGGUCAAGAAAGAGAUGGAAGAAGCUUCACGUYACCGUUGAACUCUGAGGGCUUGGUACCUUUUUAUUUACGGUUUUAAUCCUUCAGUAGGCAAAACUUCAGAGCAUCUAAAGAUUGUUUUUAUCUCUUCUCUCCAAUUUCCAAUUGCUCGUUUUUCCAAAUAAAAGGAAAUCCUUUCUACAAGGUGGACACCUACUUUGUAGAGCCAGUUUUGAAUCCUGCAAACCGUUGGACUGUCAUCCAUUUGUUUU